UCUCUCUCUCACCCGUGUCUCUCCCUCCUCGUGUCUCCCCACCCACCCCCCACUCCAGACCCUGGUGGUGCCGCUGUUCUUCAACCUCGCUCCCCGUGUCUCUCUCUCACCGUGUCUCUCUCACCGUCUCUCUCUCCCCGUGUCUCACUCCCCGUGUCUCCCCGUGUCUCUCUCACCCCGUGUCUCUCUCUCUCUCACCCCGUGUCUCCCCACCCACCCCCCACUCCAGACCCUGGUGGUGCCGCUGUUCUUCAACCUCGCUCCGGCCCCCGCGCGGUGUGGGGAGAGCAUCGGCUCAGCGUUGUCUGGCGUCUCUGGGGGGCCCGGCGGAGUCUCUGGGGGGCCCGGCGGAGUCUCUGGGGGGCCCGGCGGAGUCUCUGGGGGGCCCGGCGGAGUCUCUGGGGGGCAGGAGGAGGCGGGGACGGCGCAGGGGGUGGACGGAGCACGCAGGCAGACCCACAAUGCCGUGGAGAAACGCUACCGCCUCUCCAUCAACGACCGCAUCGGAGAGCUCCGUGGGAUCCUCACCGGGGGAGAUAAGAUGAGUAAGUCGGCAGUCCUGAGCCGCACCAUCGACUACAUCCGCUCGCUGCAGCAGCUGAACGUUCGCCUGCGUCGCGAGAACCGGGAGCUGAGACGCUCCACUCGGACGGGAGGGGGAGCAGAGUUCCCGGCGGGCGAGGGGGAGGGGCGACAUCCUCUGACAACCGCCAUGGAUACGACUGGAACCCAGGCGUCGUCGUCACUGCUGAGGCGGUCUUCUCCCCCUCUGCGUGACCGCCCCCGCCUGCUGCUCUGCCUGGCCGCCCUCCUGUGCCUCGUCGUCAACCCACUCUCAUACCUCACACAGCAGCCACAGCUGCAACCACAGCAACCACUGCAACCACUGCAACCACAGCUGCAACCACAGCUGCAACCAUCGCAACCACAGCUGCAACCACAGCUGCAACCAUCGCAACCGCUGCAACCACAGCUGCAACCGCUGCAGGCUCAGCAGGCGCUGAUGGGACGCAGCAUUCUCAAUGCCCACUCAGACGCCCAGGAUGAUUCCCUCUCCCCACCGCCACCACCAGCGUGGUGGUGGUGGUGGUGUCGUGGUGCGGUGUUGGCGCUGCUGAACGCCGUGUUGGCGCUGCUGGUGCUUGCCGCCUUGCUGCUGGGCGGCGGUCCGGUCGUGGCUCCCUCCUCAGCCGGGGCGACGCUCUACUGGAGGCACCGGAGGCAGGCCGAGGCAGACAUGGCGAGGGGAGACUUUGCGUCGAGUGGUGCCCACCUCCGUGCUUGCCUCGGGGCGCUGGGAAGGCCGUUGCCAACUUCCAACUCAGACCUGGCAUGUGGCCUGUUACUGGCUGGCCUACGUGUCCUGGCACGUCGACUCUCUUACUCACCACGUGGACGUGUGGGCGAGUCUCAGCAGUGUGCACGUGAUGCUGGCCUGGCCUACCACUGCCUCCAUCAGCUCUACCUCACCGGUUGUCUCCGUGGAGGGAGGGGUGAGAGACCCUUCCUGUGUCUCUCCGCUCUGGCCAUGGCUGAGCAGGCAGGUGGCACCAUGCCCAGCUCCCAGCGAGCCUCCACGUUCAUCUGCAGCGCCAUGGAAGCAGCUCGCUCGGCCAGCCUGCCUGGAAGACUCGCAGCGCGAUGGCUACUCCGCUGUGCCCGGCACGUCUCUCCACGCUCUGUGUGGCUGAGUUCUUCACACGCUGUGCGGUUUUUCACUCGUGGAGUUUGGGAGCCAGCAAGCUCCAAUUUGUCUCUCUUCACGACUACUCCACCAGGCCUCCCCGUGCAGCGCUUUGUGCAGGCCCUGAGGGAGCACCUUCUGGAACGUUCUGUCAACGCGGCUCUCAGCCUGCCAGCUGCCCACUCAGCUACACACUCAGCUACUCACUCACGGACCUACACGGAAGCGCUGCAGCUUCUGCAGCUUGUCAUCGACUCCUCUGAAGGCGACAAUGAAGGAGAUGGUGAGCGUGACGAGGUGAGCGAGUGGUGGGCGCGUGUAUCUCUGCUGUGGCUGCUCUGCUCACGGAGUCAAGCGGAGAGGUCCCUGCUGCGGCUGUGGGCGCAGCUAAGGGCACCACCGGUCCAGCUCACAGACUCACGUGACCCGCUCGUGGCGGCGGCCAUUUUAUUGGUGAGGGCGCGCGUGGGGGUGGAGCUCCCCGCGAGGACCCCACCUGCCCCGCCCCCGCGGGGAGGAGCCACGCCCCAAGGCCCCGCCCCCCGCCCCCAGGGGCGCCCGGGGUGCCCAGCGCAGUGCCUGACGGACUGCGACUGGGCCGGCCUCGCCCUUGGUGACAGCGUCAGGGCACAGCCCACGGCCACCUCCGUCUACCAGGGGGGGGACUCCGCCUCCGUCUCCGUCCAACCGUCGAGCAGCUGA